UUUAAACCGAGGCGCGCUGUGAUUGGGCGGCCGCGGUCCACGUGGUGCGGUGCAGUCAGUCGCUGUGCGGUGCCUGGAGCCAGCGCUGAGUGGAGCCUGUCUGCCAACAGCCUCAGCAGCGGCUCGAUCUGGAUCCUACUACACUCACUGACAAUUAAACAGGAGGCCCCUUUUUCUUCUUAUUCCCGAGGACCACUCUCCACCAUGGGCGACAAGAAGAGCCCUACCAGGCCAAAAAGACAAGCCAAACAGACCGCAGACGAUGGCUACUGGGACUGUAGCGUGUGCACCUUCAGGAACACCGCCGAGGCUUUUAAAUGCAGCAUCUGCGAUGUGAGGAAGGGCACAUCCACAAGGAAACCCCGGAUCAACUCCCAGCUGGUUGCCCAGCAGGUGGCUCAGCAGUACCCAAUGCCUCCCCCACCCAAGAAGGAGCGUAGGGAGAGGAGUGAGCGCACAGAGAAAGAGCGCCCAGAUGGAGAAGGUGAGCGUGCCAAUGGUGAGGGGCGUGCGGAGGGCGAGCGUGUGGAGGGCGAGAGUCCGGAGGGUGAGCGUGCCAAUGGCGAGGGGCGUCCGGAAUGCGAGCGUUCAGAGAGUGAGCGUCCAGAGAGCGAGCGUCCGGAGAGCGAGCGUCCGGAGGGCGAGCGUCCGGAGAGCAAGCGUCCGGAGAGCGUGAGGCCAGAGGGAGACACCCAUGAGAAGGAAAAGAGCGACAUGGAACAGCCAAUCAAAGACAAACCCGACAGAGAGAAAGACAUCAUCCCGGCCAUCACGAAGAAGCCCAGCAGCAAAAAGACCAGACCCAAAUCAGACAACCACCAGAGCCCGCCCAGCGACAAACACAGCAUACAGUCUGGAAAAUCAGCAACCAAGACCAACAAGAACUCUCACAUUUCCAGACCCAAACUGAAGAACAUCGACCGGAGCACUGCCCAGCAGUUGGCCAUUACCGUAGGGAAUGUGACGGUUAUUAUAACAGACUUUAAGGAGAAGACCCGCUCCUCCUCCACGUCCUCAUCCACCAUCACGUCCAGCGCGGGCUCUGAACAGCAGCACCAGAGCUCCGGCUCCGAGAGCAUGGACAAGGGCUCGUCCCGCGCCUCCACGCCUAAAGGGGAUCUCUCUGUGGUGCAUGACGAGUCAUUCUGAGGAACCCGCCUCAUUCCUUCCCCACAGUCCUCACCCUGCGCCACUCCCCCUUUUCCCCCCACGUUUUGGACACUAUGGAUCCCAUAGGGGGAGAGAUUUCACCUUUUCCCAUUGCUGCCCUGCCUCCAUUCCAUGAGCCACCCCUGGAUGCUGAGAGGAUCAGGUUGGCUGAGAGGAACAGUGUGAUGCUUCUGUCAGGGAAAACAAACGCCCUGCUUCGAGGACCUCCUGGUGACACGCGUGGCACAGGCGAGGAGAGCUGGGCUACAAAGAGUAAUGCCCCCAUCCCAAACGCCCCCUGCGGUAGCAUCCAGACACUUGUAUGUAUUGUUUUAUAUUUGUAUGUGGAUGUGAGGCCAAGUCGACUUUUUGUUUUUGUUUUUGUAAAGAAGAAUUCUUUGCUGGGCACAAUAACCACCAUCAUUUUAAUAACUUUAAACUAUUAUUACCCUUAUUUAUUACCUGUUGCACCUGUAUACUUUGAUAUUCUCCUUUUUAUGUUGACGCUUUGCUGUGUAGCUCUGCAGAUCGAUCGUUCCUCUGGUGUUUUUCUUACAGUUUGAAAAUGAUAGGACAUGACUCGAGACACAGACAGACACACACACACACACACACACACACACACACACAC